GAAUCAGAGCCACGUCGUUGAAGACAACCCAGCAAAAGUUGCAAAUUAUUAUCUGCGCCCUAAUUGACUCCUUAUCCUUUAAGUUAAUAAUGGAAUGAGAUGUUUAGAGAAUGAAAAUUAAAGAGAUCAAUCGCACUGCCAAUGUGGCAUGGAGUCCAAAAAGUCAACACCCAAUAUAUUUAGCUGCUGGUACAGCUGCACAGCAGUUAGAUGCAACUUUUAGCACCUCUGCUGCACUGGAGAUUUACCAUGUUGACUUGGCAAGUAAAGAAUUUGACAUGCCCAUUGUUGGUACAAUGCCUUCUGAGCAUAGAUUUCACAAGUUAUUAUGGACUGACCAUGGCAUGGAGUCAGAGGACCACCCAAAUGGUGUUAUAUGUGGUGGAACAGACAAUGGCGAAGUUUGUAUACUAGACGCUGCUUCUAUUUUAUCAGGGGAUCACGAGCUUGCAACUCUCCACACUUUAACAGAUCAUACAGGCCCUGUUCAAGCACUUGAUAUAAAUAAGUUUCAAAAUAAUUUAUUGGCUACUGGAGCAUCAGACUCUGAAAUAUUUAUUUGGGAUUUAAAAAACCCAGCAACUGCAUUGACACCUGGACCAAAAACUGCUCCGCCUGAUCAAAUUAGUUGUUUAUCUUGGAAUCAUCAAGUACAGCAUAUUUUAGCGUCGAGCACACAGACAGGCAGGGUAGUUGUUUGGGACUUAAGAAAGAGUGAACCAAUCAUCAAAGUUGGAGACCAAUCAGCUAUGUUUCACUAUAAGUCGAUUGCGUGGCACCCAGAUGUUGCAACGCAAAUGCUUAUUGGUAACGAAGAAGAUCGUUAUCCAGUUAUUCAGAUGUGGGAUCUGAGAUUUGCAACAUCUCCAAUGAAAGUAUUUGAGGGUCACUCACGAGGUAUAUUAUCACUAGCCUGGUGUCCACAGGAUUCAGAUUUACUCAUGAGUUGUGGCAAGGAUAAUCGCAUUUUAUGCUGGAAUCCAAACACACAAGCACAAAAUGGUGAAAUUAUAUAUGAGUUACCAACAACAGCUCAGUGGUGCUCAGAUGUCACUUGGUGCCCGCGCAAUCCAGGACUGAUCUCAACGACAGCAUUUGAUGGUCAUAUCACAGUUAGCACUUUAAUGGGUGGUUCUCAGCAAAUUUUGCAACAACAAAAUAGUCAGAUAUCAGAUUCAUUUGGAAUUCAACAAGAUUCCUUUAAACCCCCAGAAUCUCCUGCUGAAGUCAUUAUCGAACCAUUGAAGAAACCACCAAAGUGGAUGCGACCCCCAUGUGGUGCUAGAUUUUCUUUUGGUGGUAAACUAAUUUCAUUUGGAAAUUUCAAUGAACCAGGUGUACCGAAACAGGUUCAAAUUAGUCAGGUUGUUACAGAAACGGAAUUUGUUAGGCGGUCACAAGAACUUGAGAGUGCUUUAAUGGGUGGUCAGCUGAUUGAGUUCUGCGAGAUGAAAAUAGUAGAAGAGAGAAGUGAAAAAGAGACACUGUUAUGGCAAUUUUUAAAGAGUAACUUCCACAGUGAACCAAGAAUGCAGUUCCUGGAUUUACUGGGUUACAACCCGCAGGAACUUUCUCAAAAAAUAUCUGGACUUGCUAAUGGUCGAGAAUCUGCAUUAAACGACUCACUUGGUGUAAACGCCGCCGAGUUGGCCAUGAAGAUCGAACAGUUAAAAGCUGGCGAAGAAGACGAGAACGCUUUAUUUGGCAGUGACACUCCACUGGCUGACCAAAAGACACCACGUGACGAUGGUUCCGCUGCUUUUGAUGCGAUUGCAACUGGAAAUAUUUCGCAAGAAAAUCUAGAAGAAGAAGAAUAUGUGAAAGUGAAAACCGAGCCGUUCUCCAUUUCAACCAGCGAUGAUACGGACGGAUUGGUGUGUCAAGCUUUGCUUACUGGAAACUUUGAAGCAGCAGUAGAUGUGUGUUUCAAUGACAAACGAAUGGCGGAUGGUCUUUUGCUUGCUAUCGCUGGUGGGCCAGAUUUAUUCGCUCGUACCCAAAAGCGUUAUCUUGCACAGGCGCAAAGCACUGUUUCUAAGGUUAUAUCAGCUGUGGUAAAUCGAGAUUGGAAGGGUAUUGUUGAAAACACUGUCAUUGACAACUGGAAGGAAGCAUUGUCGAUGUUAGUGACUUACAGUAAAGCCGAAGAAUUUUCCGAGCUAUGCUGUGUGCUUGGCGACAGGCUGGAAAAUGAAGCCAAUGAUUACGACUCAGCGAUUUUGUGUUAUGUUUGCGCUGGCGAUGUGGAAAGAAUGGUUUCAUGCUGGACGAGGUCUUCAGACGGUUCAAACCCUUCCCCUCUCACCUUGCAAGAUCUGGUGGAAAAAGUGAUGGUGUUAAAGAAAUCUGUGGAAUCUGAACGUUAUCAAAGUGAGAGUGUGCACCUUUCAAAACAGUUAAGUGAUUAUGCAACGCUGCUCUCGUCACAGGGUAGUCUACAAACAGCUAUGGUUUAUUUGUCAACGACCGAUGACCAGGGAGUGAAUGUUAUGAAAGAACGCGUGUUCAAAGCACAUGGUAACCUGCCAGGCUACCCUCCAGAGUCUCCAUUUCAAAAAGUGGACAUCCGUCCCCAGCAAUAUAACAGGCCAGCUCAACAAAAAGCUGCAACACCUACGUAUGGACGAACCACAUUUUCACCCAACCCGAUUUCACCGAACCAACCAUCACAUGCUCCGAAUCAGUUUAGUCCAUCUGCUGUGAACCCUCCAUCAUACUUCAACCCAGCAUCAAGCAUGCACAACCCGGUGUCCAUAGGUCAAACUAGUGCAUACAAUCCUGGACAGUCACACUCGAAUAUGUACCAAGCACCGAAUAAUCCAUCUAGCAUGAUAACUACAACGUAUUCUGGACCACCUCCUGGUCAAGUACCGCCGCCUAAACCUAGUUACCAUAAUCAACCUAAUUACCAGCCUCCGCAAGCAAACUUUAAUCAGAAUCCCAAUCCAAAUUCUUUUUACAAUCCGAUGGCUAAUACUAAUAUGCAUCAGCCACCAGUGUACAAUCCUGCUGGAAACACGAGCUUUAAUAACCAGGGCCCACCACCCAUGCCAACAAUGAUGCAGCCGACAUCUCACGCUCAAGAAUUUACACCUCCCCCGCCACCCGGCGGCACUGGUCAUCCAAUGUCAAUGAAAGCAGCUAAGCAAGAAAUAUCACCUUCAACUAAUCAUCCUCAACCGAUGAAUUUUUAUAACCCAGGUGCAGCCCAGCCACAACUUCCUGGUAACACUCCACCGGGAACAAUACCGAAUUCAACCAUGUUGCCUCCACGAACUUCAAUGCCUGGUCAAACUAACCUUCCUCCACAGCCACCAAAGAAGGCGCCAGAACCUCCAAAACCCGAGGUGAUCAAAGGUCCAAUUCCAUCUGAGCACAUGGUACUGCAACAAACGUUCGAUGCCAUUUUAGAUCGCUGCAGAAAUGCUUCGAAUAAUCCACAAACAAAACGGAAGAUAGAAGAUGUAAAACGAAAAUUAGAAAUUCUUUACGACUUGCUUCGUGAAUCUAGGGUAUCACAAAACGUGUUAAAUGGCUUACACCAGAUGAUUCAAGUCUGUCAACAAUCCGAUUACAUGACUGGCAUCCAAAUCCACACUCAUAUGAUAACCACUGGAAAUUUCUCUGAAAUCAGCUCUUUUAUGCCUGGCUUGAAAACAUUGAUGCAAAUUGCUGGUCAGCUCAAAGUUUAGUUCUUCGUAAAGAAGUCUUUGGUGCCAGCAGCGGUGCGUGUGUAGCUACGUACGUUUUAACAUAUUGUGACAGCGUGGGGUGAUUGUUUAAUUUUUAUUCGGACGAAAAGAAAUGACAGAGUAAUAGUUUAUUUGUAUUUAUAAAAUUUUGAAUUAAUCAAAUUUUCAAUAACGCGAACUGGCGGAAUUAUAUUCUUAA